GUCAAUAACCGAAAGAUUAAAUUAAAAAUUAAGAAAAAUCGCACAUCAGAGAGGAAAAAAAGAAGAAGAAGAAGAAGAAGAAGGAGAAGAAACCCUAAUCGGCGAGGAGAGGGAGCCAGAGAGAGCACGAAAGCCAAAGGUAUAUGGGGAAGAAGAAGAAGAGAGUAUCGUCCAAGGUAUGGUGCUACUAUUGCGACAGAGAAUUCGACGACGAGAAGAUCCUGGUGCAGCACCAAAAGGCUAAGCACUUCAAGUGCCACGUCUGUCACAAGAAGCUCUCCACCGCCGGUGGUAUGGCCAUCCACGUUCUCCAGGUUCACAAGGAGUCCGUCACCAAGGUUCCCAAUGCUAAACCUGGCAGAGAAUCGACUGACAUUGAAAUUUAUGGAAUGCAAGGAAUACCGCCUGAUGUACUGGCUGCCCACUACGGGGAAGACGAAGAAGAGGCGCCUUCAAAAGCAGCCAAAGUGGAUAUUCCAUCCACUCAGCUUGUGGGAGGCUUGGUGCCAGGGCCGCUUGGUGUUGGAUAUCCUCCUCAAUCAACUUUAGGAGCAGUGCCGCCAGUUUACAGUGCUGCAGUGCCUGUACCUCCUACUGGUUGGGCUGUGCCUCCUCGUCCACAGCCUUGGUUCCCACAGCAUCCAGCGGUUUCAGUUCCUCCGUCUGCUCCUAUGGGAUAUGUGCAGCAGCCAUUAUUUCCAGUGCAAGGUGUGAGGCCUACUUUGCCAGUGGUUUCAACAUCAACUGCACUCCAACCUUCACAAAUUGCUCCACCUGGAUUGCCAACAUCAACACCUCCACUCCCUGUAUCCCAACCCUUGUUCCCUGUUGUCAAUAACAAUGUACCUACACAGAGCUCACCAUUUUCUACUUCUUUGCCAACAAGUGUUCAACCAAGCACUACUGCAGAAGUUAAAGGCUCAAUUGAAGUACAUUCGAGUGUUAAUACUUCUGUGCCAGGUAGCUACCAUGCUGCUAAUAUUUCAGGUGGAGCUGGAGCCAAUUCUCAUUCUUAUGCCUCUGGUCCAAAUACCGGUGGUCCAUCAAUUGGACCACCCCCUGUCAUUGCGAAUAAAGCUCCUGCUACACAGCCAGCUGUAAAUGAGGUUUAUUUAGUUUGGGAUGAUGAGGCCAUGUCCAUGGAAGAGAGAAGAAUGUCCUUAGCCAAGUAUCAGGUGCAUGAUGAAACUAGCCAGAUGAGCUCUAUUGAUGCAGCCAUAGACAGAAGGAUACUGGAAAGCAGGCUUGCUGGUCGAAUGGCAUUUUAGUUCCAACCAAGAGGGGAGGAAUGCAUCGUCAGAAAAUUUCAUGGAUGAAAUGGAAUGAGGGACUUGGGUCGCUACCCCCAAUUUCUCAUCAUUUUUCGGGGUCUGAAACCCAAAUGGGAUGUGAUUGUGUUGUAUUCUUUGCAAAAGCGAGGCAGAAGAGAGAAGAUAGUCAUUUUUUUUUUUUUAAAUUCUGAGUUAAAACUCUAAAACUGUUAGGACUUAGGAUAUGGAUUUUAUUCCAAGUUCCAUCCUAUGAGGAUAUUUAUAUGAGUUUAUAAUUAUUACCAUAUAUUUUUUUUGUCAA